AUGGCAUCAUUUAACUUGUUCAUAACACUUCUAAUUGUUCCAUUUCUAUUUUCCUCCAUUGUUUCUGGUUACUCAUUGAGUGCCAUCAAAUCAUGGUGUAGCCAAACCCCUUACCCUCAGCCAUGUGAGUACUAUUUGAGCAAUAAUGCUUUCAACAAACCCAUAGAAAACAAGUCUGAUUUCUUCAAAGUUUCCCUCCAACUCGCCAUAGAUAGAGCACAAAAAGGCCAAGAAAACACUCAUUCACUAGGCCCUAAGUGCAGAAACGCUCAUGAAAGAGCUGCAUGGGUUGAUUGCCUUGAGCUCUAUGAGUACACUAUCCAAAAGCUCAACAAAACCAUAGACCCUAACACCAAGUGCACCCAAAUUGAUGCUCAAACUUGGCUCAGCACAGCUCUCACAAACCUUGAGACAUGCAUAUCUGGAUUCUAUGAUCUUGGGGUCCAAGACUAUGUCCUUCCCUUGAUGUCCAACAAUAAUGUUACUAAGUUGCUAAGCAACACCUUGGCUCUUAACAAGGUUCCUUACCAAGAACCAAGUUACAAAGAUGAGUUUCCAACAUGGGUCAAACCUGGUGACAGGAAACUUCUUCAAGCAUCUUCUGCAGCUUCUAAAGCUAAUGUAGUUGUGGCUAAAGAUGGCUCUGGCAAGUACACAACAGUUAAAGCAGCCAUAGAUGCUGCACCAAAGAGUAGCAGUGGAAGGUAUGUAAUAUAUGUGAAGGCAGGGAUAUACAAUGAACAAGUUGAGAUACAAGCAAAGAAUAUUAUGUUGGUGGGAGAUGGUAUUGGCAAGACAAUUAUCACAGGUAGCAAAAGUGUUGGAGGGGGAUCCACAACCUUUGCUUCUGCCACUGUUGCUGUUACUGGUGAUGGAUUUAUUGCUCAAGACAUCACAUUCAGAAACACUGCAGGAGCAGCAAAUCACCAAGCAGUGGCAUUACGUUCAGGCUCAGAUCUCUCAGUAUUUUACAGAUGUGGCUUUGAAGGUUAUCAAGACACACUAUAUGUUCAUUCUCAGAGACAAUUUUAUAGGGAAUGUGACAUCUAUGGCACAGUUGAUUUUAUCUUCGGUAAUGCAGCUGUUGUUUUCCAAAAUUGUAACAUUUAUGCAAGAAACCCUCCUCAAAACACAAUCACAGUUACUGCACAAGGUAGAACUGAUCCAAACCAAAACACUGGAAUCAUCAUUCACAAUUCUAAGGUUACAGGCUCCUCAGGUCUAAACCCAAGCUCAGUAAAAUCAUAUCUUGGUAGGCCCUGGAAAAAAUACUCAAGAACAGUGUUCAUGAAGACUUUUCUUGAUAGUUUGAUUAACCCUUCUGGUUGGAUGGAAUGGGAUGGUAAUUUUGCUUUAGAUACUUUAUACUAUGCAGAAUAUGCAAACACAGGUCCAGGUUCUUCUACUACAAAAAGGGUCACAUGGAAGGGUUACCAUGUUCUUACUAGUGCAUCUCAAGCCACACCAUUCACGGUUGGUAACUUUAUUUCUGGUAACUCAUGGUUACCAAACACUGGUGUGCCGUUCACCUCAGGGCUUUGA